ACCGAACUUUCAAGUUUCAAGAAUAAAGUUUUGUUGCAAAUUAUUGAGAAAGAAAGUUCAGAAAUUCUAAAAAAUGUUGUGAGGUAAAUUGCAGGCGAAUAUCGCUUUCCAUUUUGUUAUUUGCUAUGCUAGAAGCUCGAUGAUGAUAGUCUGUUUUAUCAAACGGCUCUGGUUCUAUCCAAAGGCUAUUGUAUUCACAAUAUACACUCUGACUUACAAUGCCUUUCAAUCCGAUUCACCGGUUGCUGAUUGUGCAUUUGAACCCAUAAUAUGGAUCGUUGAUCACUUUGCUGGAUGGCUAGGACGGGGCUUGGUCAUACUAGUGAGCUUCUUAAUAUCUGGUGUUGUGGUGAUAUUUUAUGUUUAUGUGAUGCCAAUUGUCCUUGAAUAUGAAAGCACCAUGUUUAGUAUCUGUCACUUGAUCUGUGGUCACUGGCUGUUGUUGAACAUCUCAUUUCAUUAUUACAAAGCUGUUUCAACUAAUCCAGGUUAUCCACCUUCUGGAAAAAAAGCUGUUGCCCUUAGAGAUAUACAAGUUUGUACAAAAUGUAUUCAACCCAAGCCACCAAGAACUCAUCAUUGCAGUGUUUGUAAUAAGUGUAUUCUAAAGAUGGACCACCAUUGUCCAUGGAUUAAUAAUUGUGUUGGACAUUUCAACCAUAGAUAUUUCUUCAUGUUUUGUGUCUACAUGUGUCUUGGGACGAUUUAUGUGUCCCUCACGUUAUUUCCAACAUUUUUCAGUCAUUUUGACGAUUUUGCUAAGAACAUGUUUAAAGAGUAUUUUAAUAUCGGAAUUCCUCGACCCACGACGGCUGCAGAAAAAUAUUUUUUAAAACGUCAUCUAGAACCAAAAAUUACAAAACCAGAGGAAGAAAGCUUACAUAAUAUAGUCAUAUUUGAAUUUAUGUUGUGUUCUUGUGUGGCUGUGGCCGUUGGAGCACUGGCGGGCUGGCACAUGAUUUUAAUAACGAGAGGAGAAACGUCUGUAGAAGUUUAUAUUAACAGAGCCAAGAGAAAGAAAAUGAAGAAGGAAGGAAAAACAUUUUUUAAUCCAUUUCAUUACGGAAUGAUCAGAAACUGGAAGAUUGUACUAGGUCUUGGUCAUGGCAGGGGGCUAUGGUCGAUCAUCAUGCCAUCUUCCCAUCCACCAAAUGGCGAUGGCGUAAGUUGGCCGAGACCAGAAGGGUCAGAACUUAAUGAUGCAUCCACCAUAGGAAAUGAUAAAGCGGCAUUUUUGGCGUAAAAUUCCAGCGUCUUGGCGUAGUAUUUUAAGAUGGAACGUUUAAAUGAAUUUAGGUAAACCAACGACAUUAGUUAGCUAAGUGAUAUUAACAUUUGAGGUGAGAUACCUAUAGGUGUGUGUAAAACGGUAUUUUACGUCGUACCAGAGGUUUGGCACGUGAGAAGCACGACGUAUCAUGUAUGAAGCAGGCCUGCCGAGACAUUCAACCAAGGUCCAAGGAGGAGAAUUUUUACUAUCUUGGUCAAGUUUAUACAAUACUACAUUCAUUCGGCCAUACUGUUAAAAUAAUU